AUGGCGACUAGAAGCCGUACUGGUAAUAACACAAGUGGAUGUGAAAGUACAAAUAAUACUGAACGGCUUAUAACUAAGGUAUGUGCCACAUUUACUUCCCAGUUAGAAGAGAAAUUUGAUGUAGAGUUUGAGAAAAUCAAUGACAGACAUUCUGAGAUGUCUAGAGCUCUUGGUACACUAAGAUCUGACUGUACUGGAAAUACCAAAAAGAUACAAAACCUCGAGCCCAGAGUUGAUCACUUAGAGCAGUUGCAGAAACGAAGAUCUGUUAGAAUACUAGGCUUGACAGAAUCUGAAAAUGAAAACCCUGUGGAGACUCUUAUUGAUUUUCUUGAUCAGUAUUUAAACGUUAGCUGUGAAAUUAGGGAUGUUAAUGCUGUAUUCAGAGUUAAGGGCACGGAACGAAACUCAGGACCUCGUGUGUUGUUAUUAAUAUUUACUAGGUUAUUGCUAAAACAAUCUGUGAUGUCCGCUAACAAGGCUAUGUUCAAAGGCAGUAAUAUUCUUGUCUACGAGGACCUAACCAAGGAGGUUUAUCAGUUGCUACGCCUGACGAAGAAGAAGUAUGGUCCAAGGAAUGUUUGGUCGUCAUCUGGCAAAGUGUUUGUCAAGAGUGGUGACACCAAAAAGUGUAUUUCCAGCCGUGAUGAUAUUAUGUAA